AAAAAAUUCGGAAGGGAUAGGAUACCGGAAGAACCAAGAUGAUAACCAAAGAGGUAGAGGAUGUACGAAUCAAACAUGGUGAUGUUAUUGAUGAGAAUGUCUUCAUUGGACUUACCCUGGCAAUACUAGCGCAUAAGAACGUUGUUAUCUCAUCUGAGGAUAUCCAUACUGCAACGUAUGUCACUGGUUAUAUUCUCAACACCGUCUGGGGGCUACAAGCCACUGUGUUAAAGGCACACGCUGGAAUCACGAGGGAUGAUCUUCUGAAGUUCUUUUUUGACGGCACAAUUGGCGGCCAUAUGGGGUUUGUCUAUGUGAUUGAAGGUAUAGAUAAACUAUCAAAUCAACUUCAGCGGUUGAUACUUGAGACGAUGAAAUCUAGGAAAAUCGUCUAUAAUAAUACCCCGUUACUAGCCAAUGAGCUCAGAACCAUCGUGGGCAUCACUGGUGAGCCUCAUGCACUUUAUCCAUUGCUCUCACAGGAGUUCUGGUUCCAGCAGAGGUGUGACUUGAAAAUGGAUAUAAACGAUGGACGAUUCCCGACUUCAGCUACGCUAAACAGAUCCAAAGUGACGCAUUUCAUCACAUUGAGAAACAAAUACUUGAACGUUACGAUAUCACCUGAAAUGAAACGGUACAUCUACGAUAUCGUCAUACACGUACGAUGUCAUAGAUGUGUUAAGAAUGGGUUUCCUACAAGAGCUAUCAAGGAUCUGGAACUGCUCUGUCAAUGCCUGUGCUUGAUAUUUGACAGGAACUAUGUCAUACCAACAAUCGUCAAACUGGCGUGUCGGAAGCUGAUACCCUUCAAGAUUCAAAUGGUGGAUCCUUCUUUGGAGCCCACAUUGCAGUACGGCAGUGACAUCGAUCUCGUCGCUGAAAUGAUGAAGCGAAUGACCCCCAAGAUGGUUGUUGAAGACGUUCUUAGGAAAGUAGGGCCACCUUUAUAAACGUUUGUUCUGCCUGUGGAGACACAACCAUUGUAGUGACAGCACUAGAGACUAUGUAUAUCUC